AUGCGUCCAUUGGGAGCUGUGACCGUUGCGCUGCACGCAUCUCUGCUGGUGCUGCUGACUCAGGGGAUUCAAAUGAACAGUGAUGGAGUUUAUAUGAGGCCGUUGCAGCGUUUUCCCGUGGUGGACCGAUCGACCGGGUACCACCUGCCAACCUACAUGAUGCAUCUCUACAGGAAUUUCAAAUCUAACUUUUCAAGGCCUUUGGAUACUAUGGAGCAAGAUGCCGCAAAGCAAGCAGACACCGUGAAGAGUGUGAUGGCUAAAAGUUUGACGUACAGAGAGAGGCGCUGGAUGGCGACCUUUGACCUCCAUGCCCUGCUAGCUGACAAACAAAUCCAGGCGGCAGAGCUAAGAAUUAGGCGUCCUCGGACACUGAGUGCUCCCAACAUCACUUUGGAGGUCUAUCACCAGCAUGGCGAGGCGUGCCAAAAGCCCCAGAGCUGCCAGGACCGCCAGCUGGUGGGGCUGCUCACUGAAUCAUCACUGGUCACUUCAUCACAGAGCUGGAAAGUGUUCAACAUCACAGAACCUCUCUUGGGCUGGCUCAGUCAAAAAUCCGCGACAGUGAAUAUUCCCCACAAAAGAGUGUUGAGAAGAGGGAGAGUGGUAAAGACAAAGAGAGGCCUGUCACUUCCUGAUCAGCCGGUUUUUGUGGCGAGUCCAAGAAGGGAGCAGGAGGUGAGUGACCGAGCCUUGUUGGUCGUCUUCUCACAAACUGGCUCUGAUGAAAACUCAAAGGUCAAAGCGAGCUUGCUCCACAUAGCUGAACAAUCCAAGUUCUUGUCCCCUGCUGAAAUCAAAAGGGCCCACUGGCCAAAGAGGCGCAGGAGCAAACGGGGCCAGGCGGAACAAACUGUGAGAAGCCUGGAGGCGUCCAAGAGAGAGAGUGAAAAAUCUCUUUGUCGCAGAGUCGACAUGCAUGUAGACUUUAAUCAAAUUGGCUGGGGGUCCUGGAUCAUCUUUCCUAAAAGAUAUAACGCCUACCGCUGUGAGGGUCCCUGCCCUGGUCCCCUGGGAGAAGACCUCAAUCCAACCAAUCAUGCUUACAUGCAGAGUUUACUGAAACACUACCACCCUGACAGAGUGGCAUCGCCCUGCUGUGCUCCAACCAAAAUGAGCCCAUUAAGCAUGCUGUACUACGAGAAUGGAGAAAUGCUCCUUCGACAUCACGAAGACAUGAUUGUGGAUGAAUGUGGCUGCCAGUGAAAAGUACAACUACCUCUAAACAUUACCUGUGUGGCCAAUUUCUAAAAAACAAAAGAAUACACUUAGCCAGAAGGAAAAAGCUCUUUGAUAUUACCACUGUGCACUGUGAGAUUGUAGCUGAUCUGUGUGCAGAGCCAGGAUUUUAAUUUGUAAUGUGAGCUCUGGUUUGUAAGAAGAACAUUGUUAUUUUAAGAUGUGCUGAAAUGCAAACUCAACAGUAGCAUCCAGCCUUCCAGCUGUGUGCAGAUGUUACAAUGUAUUAUACAACUUUACUUCCCUUAUCAAUUUCAUAAACGUAAACAUGAAAUGACAAUGUUGUUGAAUUUUCCAGCACUGUUUUGUAU